AUGGCGUCGCAGGAGAGCCAUCUGACAGCCACACUCCUGACCUCCAUCCUGGCGGCGGUGCUCGGCUCCCUGCAGAUCGGUUAUCACACGGGCAACGUCAACGCUCCAGCCAAGAUCAUCGAGCAGUUUUUCAACCACACGUGGAGAGCCAGGCACAACCAGUCGAUGCCAGAUCACAGCCUGACGCUGCUGUGGUCGCUCUCCGUCAGCAUUAAAGACUUUGGAGCCUUGCUGGGCUCGCUGGGAGUCAAAUACCUGGCAGAUUCUUACGGAAGACGUAACUCCAUCCUCAUCGUGAACUGUGUCUCUGUGGUGGGAGCGUGUCUCAUGUCCGCCUCCAAAGCCUGCAAGUCCUUUGAGGUUCUCAUCCUGGGACGCCUGGUGUUCGGUCUCUUCUGCGGCCUGGUGAUGAGUCUGAAUCCGCUCUACAUCCAGGAAGUGUCCCCGACAAACCUGAGAGGGGCCUUCGCUACGCUCAACCAGGUCUCCUUCGCCUCAGGCAUCCUGGUGGGAAUGGUGGCUGGUCUGGAGACAGUGUUGGGUACAGAGCAUUACUGGGCCAUGAUGCUGUCCCUGUCAAUCAUCCCGGCCCUGACGCAGUACCUGGUCCUGCCUUUCUGCCCCGAGAGCCCCCGCUACCUGCUCAUCAACCGCGGAGAGGAGAGUAAAGCUGAGGCUGCCCUGCUGAGGCUGAGAGGCCACUCAGACAAAGUGUUCGCUGAGCUGGAGGAGAUGAAGGAAGAGGCCGCACACACGCAGAGCGGCGUCACCAUCCACGAGUUCUUCAUGAAGCGCAGAUACAAGCAGCCCAUCAUCAUCGUCCUCAUCAUCAACCUGGGCAGCCAGCUGUCCGGAUUCAAUGCGAUCAUCAAUUAUUCCACCAGAAUGUUCCAGACCAAGUUUGAUCAGGCCAAAUACCUGACGCUGGGCGUGGGGGCCGUCAAUGUGACCUUCACUUUGGUGGCAUUCUUCCUGAUGGAAAGGGCAGGACGGAGGAGACUGCUGCUGACUGGUUUCAUCUCCAUCGCACUGUGCAACCUUCUCAUGACCAUCGUGGAUUCUGUCGUGCACCUGGUCCCAGAGCUGCGCAGCCUGCAGGUGCUGCUGGUCUUCUGCCUGAUCUCAGCCUACGAGCUGGGCCCCGGCCCCAUCUCAUGGUUCAUCGCAGCCGAGCUGUUCGACCAGCCCAGCAGACCCACCGCUAUGGCCUUCACCAGCAUGCUCAACUGGGGGGGGAAGUUUGUUCUGGCACUCCUCUUUCCUCCCUUACUGAAACUCUGCGGUGCGUACAUCUACCUGCUCUUCAUGACGGUGGCGUUGGUGGCGUUCACCUUCACCUGGAUUCGCCUCCCGGAGACAAAAGGACGCACGUUCGAUGAUAUAGCAGAAGAGUUCAGAGGAGCCGAGGGCAUCCCUCUGCACAACAAGGCUGGAUUCAACACUUUCCCCUGA